AUGGUAAACAAUUCUCGUCAUAUAAAAAUCGUCUAUCUUUUGGCAAAGCAGUUAAAAGGUGUUAUUCAAUCAUCACCACAAGAUACAGAUAAACGUGUUACUGUGGCUCGUCAUAUUGCACAAGAACUUAAUGUUAUUUCAAAAACAAUUACUCAACAUCAACGUCAACAACGUUUGUUACCAAUCGAAUUGCAAGAAUUAAUUAUUAAAUUUUAUAAUCAAGACGAUAUUAGUUAUCAGUUGGCUGGUAAACGUGAUUGUAUUACGUUUAAAGAUAAUGAUGGUACUUCAACAACAUUACAAAAAAAGAAUUCUGUUAUAUAG